AGAAUGGUGGGAACUCCAAUUAACGGAAGAACAAGGCCAACUUUUGCAGUUGUAAAUGGUGGACAUGAUCUUGGCCCGAGUAGUACUCCAACAAGCAAUGCUGGGUCAGAUAACGGAAUUAUAGAAUUCACAAGAGAGGAUGUGGAGGCUUUGCUGAAUGAGAAAGCCAAAAGGAAGGACAGGUUUAAUUAUAAGGAAAGAUGUGAAAAUAUGAUGGAUUAUAUAAAAAGGCUUAAGGUUUGCAUCAGAUGGUUCCAAGACCUAGAGAUGAGCUACUCACUUGAGCAAGAAAAGUUAAAGAAUUCUUUGGAAUUAGCCCAGCAAAAAUCCAUGGAAAUAGAGUUGCUGCUCAAAAUCAAGGAAGAAGAACUAAAUUCAAUUAUUGUGGAAAUGAGAAGGAAUUGCACUUCUCUGCAAGAGAAAUUAAUGAAGGAAGAAUCAGAUAAAUCAGUGGCAAUGGAAUCUCUUGUUAAAGAGAGAGAAGCUAGGCUUAACAUUGAGAGGUCGCAGACUACACUAACGGAGGAUCUUGGAAGAGCUCAACGAGAGCUCCAAGGUGCAAAUCAGAAGAUAUCAUCCCUCAAUGACAUGUAUAAGCAGUUACAAGAUUACAUAUCAAGCUUACAGCAGUACAAUGGAAAACUUCAUUCAGAGCUUUCUUCGGUUGAGGAAGAACUUAAGCGUGUAGAGAAAGAGAAGGCUACUGUAGUGGAGAACCUCACCAUGUUAAAGGGCCAACUUACUUUGUCUGUGUCUUCUCAAGAAGAGGCCACUAAACAGAAGGAUGCUUUGGCUAGUGAAGUUGCAUCUCUUCGAGUAGAGUUGCAACUAGUUAGGGAUGAUCGCGACUGCAAAUUAUCUCAAGUGCAAACUUUAUCUUCUGAAUUAGUGAAGUUUAAAGAUUCUUCAGAAAAGUCCUGCUCUGAACUGGACAACUUGACUAUAAAAACAAAUGAACUAGAGGAAAAAUGUGCUUUGCAAGAUAACCAGAUAAAGGCAUUACAAGAACUGCUAACAACUGCAGAGAAGAAACUACAGGUUUCUGAUAUAUCUGCAAUUGAGACAAGAACAGAAUAUGAAGAGCAACAAAAACUUGUAGAUGAGUUGCAGACACGCUUGGAAGAUGCAGAAUAUAAACUUAUAGAAGGGGAGAAGCUGAGGAAAGAAUUACAUAAUACCAUUUUGGAACUAAAAGGGAACAUCCGCGUGUUCUGUAGAGUGCGGCCUUUGUUACCUGAUGAAGGUUGUAGCACAGAAGGCAAGAUUAUAUCUUAUCCCACAUCAAUGGAAGCUUCUGGACGAGGCAUUGAAUUGACCCAAAGUGGCCAAAAACAUUGUUUUACAUUUGAUAAAGUUUUUGCACCCGACGCAUCACAAGAAGAAGUUUUCAUAGAAAUUUCACAGCUUGUGCAAAGUGCUCUUGAUGGUUAUAAGGUUUGCAUAUUUGCCUAUGGUCAGACAGGGUCAGGGAAAACCUAUACAAUGAUGGGAAGGCCUGGACAUCCAGAAGAAAAGGGCCUGAUACCUCGUUCACUAGAACAAAUAUUUCAAACAAGACAAUCUCUGCAAUCCCAAGGCUGGAAAUAUGAAAUGCAGGUGUCAAUGCUGGAAAUAUACAAUGAAACCAUUCGUGAUCUGUUGUCUACAAAUAAGUCAACAUCAGAUGCAACACGCCUAGAAAAUGGUUCUCCUGGAAAGCAAUACACAAUCAAACAUGAUGCAAAUGGAAAUACACACGUGUCUGAUCUUACAAUAGUGGAUGUUAAGAGUAUAAGAGAGGUUGCAUUUCUUUUAAAUCAAGCUGCAAGUAGCAGAUCUGUGGGAAAAACUCAGAUAAAUGAACAAUCUUCAAGAAGUCAUUUUGUAUUCACUCUUCGAAUAUAUGGUGUAAAUGAGAGCACUGACCAACAAGUACAAGGUAUUCUAAAUCUUAUUGAUCUUGCUGGGAGUGAACGCCUUUCAAAGAGUGGAUCAACCGGUGACCGGUUAAAAGAAACUCAAGCAAUAAAUAAAAGUCUAUCAUCAUUAAGUGAUGUGAUAUUUGCCUUGGCCAAAAAGGAGGAUCAUGUCCCAUUCAGGAACUCAAAGCUUACAUAUCUACUUCAGCCAUGUCUUGGUGGGGACUCAAAGACAUUAAUGUUUGUAAACAUCUCACCUGAACAUUCUUCAGCGGGUGAGUCACUAUGCUCACUAAGGUUUGCGUCAAGAGUGAAUGCUUGUGAAAUUGGGACACCUCGGCGUCACACAAACGGACGUCCUACAGAGUCUCGCUUGAGCUAUUUCUAAUCUUUACAUAAAUGAAUAUAUUGUUUUAACAUAUUUGUAUGAUUACUACGAUAAAACCAAAAAAAAGCUUUAAUUCUAA